GGGACGGGAGGGACCGGAGGGAGGAGCAGCAUGGAACGAUGACGUAGGAUAGGAAUGAGGGAGUGAAUGUUCCGGGUCAGAAACUGGACGGGGAGAGGAAAUUAACUCCGGGACGAGUCGAAGCGAAGCAAAAAAAACAAAAAACAAAACAAAACCCCAGAAUGAUACCCUCUGCUACACCGAGGUGUAGCCUGCGCUUCUCCGCGAAAUAAAAACGGCGCUUUCUCAUUCGGCGGAGGCGGAAAAACAGGUGGCUACCGCAAACUACAGAAGUGAGGCGGCGGAGGCGGCGGCGGAGAGUUGUUUCCCAUGUUGGCGGCGGCGGCCUCCCGGACGUUAGCUCGGUAACGGCACCGCGACCUCUUCUCGGCGGGAGUUUCGGCGUCAACUUGCGGGGGGAGUUCGGCCUCGCGUGCGCUUCAGACGCGAAUUGAGCUCCGGGACUGCAGCAAUCUGUUGCAUCCACCCCCCCCCCCCCCCCCCCCUUCUCCCUCGUUAUUUUGUACAUCGCAGGGCCACGAGAUUUAUUCCCACUUCCCCCACCCCUCCACCACCGCCACCACCACCGCCACCCCCUCCCGUGAUGUUCCACUGCAUACCCCUGUGGCGGUGCAACCGUCACGUUGAGGUGAUCGAUAAACGCCACUGCUCCCUGCUCUAUGUUCCCGACGAGAUCUACCGCUACGGACGGAGUUUGGAGGAGCUGCUGCUGGAUGCCAACCAACUCCGAGAUUUGCCCAAGCCAUUUUUCCAGCUGGUGAAACUUCGAAAACUCGGCCUCAGCGACAAUGAGAUACAUAGACUUCCCCCAGAAAUAUGCAACUUUAUGCAGUUGGUAGAACUGGAUGUCUCUCGAAAUGACAUUUUGGAAAUUCCAGAAAGCAUUUCUAACUGCAAAGCCCUCCAAGUGGCAGAUUUCAGUGGAAAUCCAUUAACAAGGUUACCAGUAAGCUUUCCAGAGCUGCGGAAUCUAACAUGCCUUUCCAUCAAUGACAUUUCACUGCAAAGUCUUCCAGAAAACAUUGGAAACCUUACCAACUUGGUAUCACUAGAGCUCAGAGAAAACCUGCUGAAGUUCUUACCAGAGUCAAUGUGUCAGCUUAGCAGCCUUGAAGAACUUGACCUGGGAAAUAAUGAGCUGUACAGUUUGCCUGAAUCAAUAGGCUGUCUUGUCAGCUUAAAGGACUUGUGGCUGGAUGGAAACCUCUUGACUGAAAUACCUGCGGAAACGGGCUGCAUUAAAACCCUGCUGUGUCUGGAUGUGUCAGAAAACAAACUGGAGCGACUUCCAGAUGAGUUGGGUGGCCUGGUGUCUCUCACUGACCUGCUAGUGUCUCACAACAUCAUUGACGCUCUCCCAGGAAGUAUCGGAAAACUACAAAAACUGUCCAUAUUGAAAGCUGAUCAAAACAGGCUAACUAAUAUUCCAGAGAGCAUUGGCAACUGUGAAAGUCUUACAGAACUUGUGCUCACCGAAAACCAAAUAGAGAGUUUGCCACGGAGUAUUGGGAAGUUGAAGCGACUGUCCAACUUAAACUGUGACAGGAACCAGCUAAUGUCUCUACCAAAGGAGAUUGGAGGCUGCAGUGGUCUAAACGUCUUCUGUGUACGUGAGAACAGGCUGACCAGAAUCCCGCCAGAGCUGUCACAAGCCACAGAGCUGCAUGUGCUCGACCUCUCAGGAAACUGUCUCACCCACUUGCCGAUGUCACUGACCACGCUACGACUGAAGGCCUUAUGGCUGUCAGAAAACCAGUCGCAGCCACUCCUGACCUUUCAGACAGAUGAGGAUCCUGAAUCAGGAGAGAAGGUGCUCACCUGCGUGCUGCUGCCUCAGCAGCCAUGUGAACCAGACUUUAAAGGCUCUGAUAAUCUCACCCGUUUUGGAGCCAUGGAAAGCCUGGUGAAUGCCAUGGCAGAUGACACGUGGGACAACAAACCUAUCCAGAGGAUCAGUGCCAUUCAGUUCAUUGAUAAUGAUGAAGAGGACGAUGACGAAAAGGGGACAUUAAUGCGGAGGGCCACGCCUCACCCCGGUGAGCUGAAAACCAUGAAGAAAGCAGCGGAGAACCUCCGUAACGACCUGAAUGCAGCCAAAGGCCUGGACUCCAACAAAAACGAGAGAGGUGCAGGCCCGAUGUCAGAGAGCAAAGCCACACCAUGUCGAUUCCUCCAUCAGACGGGCGACACUCCAGAGAGCAGGACAUUUCCACAUCCCAGAGCUGUUGAUGCGGGGUCCAGUCUCCCAGGAGGCCCUGUCUGCAGUGCAAAGACUCCAUCAGUUACAGGCGAUCUAAAAGCUUCUGGGGUGUCUGAAACAACCCUUCCUCAGGAAUUAUUCAUCUCCCAAGUGCCAUUAAAAAUCAAAGUGUCUGGCCAGAGGGGUAGUUUGGGAAUCAGCAUUGCUGGUGGGAGGGGCUCUUUGCCCUACAAAGACCACGAUGAGGGCAUUUUUAUUUCCCGAGUGGCUGAAUGGGGGCCUUCGGAAAAGGCUGGUAUCCAUGUUGGGGAUAGACUGAUGGAGGUCAAUGGUCUGAGCAUGCAGGGGGCGACCCACCACGAGGCGGUCAGCGCCCUCAGGAAUGCUGGGAGCUGCAUCAGGAUGAAAGUGCUAAGAGAGAAGCUGCUCCCUCGACUGGUGUGUGACCCAGACGUGUGUCGGGAUCCCCCGGACAUGACCAGCCGACAGCUGCGCAGACACCAGACCGGAGGCCCAAGAAGGAAACACUUCCAGCUGGACGGCUCCGUUGACUGUGUGUCCAAGAAGAUUGAGGAGGUUGUCUGCAAUGGCAACAGCAUUAUUCCCCGGAUCAUCCUCACUCAUCCCUCUACCUCAGAUGAAGAUGUGGAGCUUUUGACACAGAUGUCCAGCAGAGACCUCCUACGUGAUAUAGAUCAUUCUAGCAAACAUAUUUACUCUGACUUCUGCGAUAGUGCGUUCUACCCACCGUGA